AUGAGUCUUCUUGGCCUGCAAGCAAGGGCAGGGGUCAAUGUGAAAAUGCUGAAAGGUUCACUACCAUUGACUAGGAAUAGGACCAUAACAAGAUCCCUUCAAGGUCGAUUGGUGGCUUUGUCUUCUAACAUGAGUUUCUCUACAGGUUUCAAUAGACCUUAUAUUAUAGACAAUUUUAAAAAAACAGCAUUAAAGCGAAGCGUUGGGUUUAACCAAGUUGCCAUUAGGUAUGAAUCUACGAGUGAAAAAUCACAGCAGUCACGUUUGGAGAAGACUUCUGACAAACCACAAAAAAUAACCAAGAAAGGGUCAGUCAAGGAAGUUUUGGAGUUACUAAAACUACUUAGAAAUGAAUGGAAGAUCCUAGCAUUUGCGACCUCGUGCCUAAUCAUUAGUUCUUCUGUCAGUAUGUUAUUUCCUUCCAUUAUGGGUAAGAUUAUUGACACUGCAAAAAUCGAGGAAACCGAUACUUUGGGAGCUAUUGGCUCUCCACUAUCAGAUUCCAUCCAGAUCUUAUCAUAUCAAGUCCCUACAAACGUAUUCUACGGAUCGUUGAUUUGCAUUUUUGCAGUUGGUUCCCUAGCAAACUUCGGUAGAAUAGUUCUUCUUAGAAAAGUUGGUGAGAGAAUAAUGGCCAGGUUACGUGUAGAUAUCGAGAGAAAUAUCUUCCUUCAAUCAUCUAAAUUCUGGGACAAAUACAAAACCGGAGAUUUGAUUUCUCGUUUGGUCAAUGAUUCAACCAUUGUGACUCGUUCCGUAACUCAGAACGUUUCCGAUGGUUUAAGAUCGACUAUUAGUGGAAUAGUCGGUUUCACCAUGAUGCUCGCAAUUUCUGCAAAGUUGACCGGCUACAUGCUGUUGAUAUUUCCUGUUUUGGCAUUUAUUGCUCUGGUAUUUGGUAGAAGAGUCAAGAAAGUUUCCAAAGAAAUCCAAACACAAUUAGGCGCUUUGACCAAAAUUUCAGAGGAGCAAUUCAAUUUUGUAAAAACAAUCCAAAGUUUCAACAAUGAGGGAUACGAAGUCUCCAAGUUUAAGAAAGAGGUCACAAAAUUGUAUAAAUUAUCCGUUCAUGAGGGCAGGUUGAAUGGAUAUUUUUACUCUGCAAAUGGUUUCAUAGGAAAUACGUUUUUAAUUUAUUUACUUUCUGUUGGUGUAUGGAUGGUACGACAAGGUGACCUGACUUUAGGUGAGCUUUCCUCAUACUUAAUGUACACUAUUUAUAGUGCUUCAAGUGUCUAUUCGCUUUCAAACUUUUAUUCAGAAUUGAUGAAAGGUGUUGGGGCAUCAGAAAGAGUUUUCGAAUUACUAAAAUUACAACCCGAUAUUGAUCCUCAUGCUGGAAAAAAGGCCUCUGCUGAUGGCGAUAUUGUUUUCAAAGACAUUGAUUUUCAUUAUCCGACUAGAAAAAAUCACCAAGUUUUCAAUAAAUUGAAUUUGACUCUAAAGAAAGGUGAUCAUGUUUGUCUAGUUGGUCCAUCUGGAUGCGGUAAGAGUACAGUGACUCAACUAUUGCUCAGAUAUUAUGAGCCAAAUAGCGGUAAAAUAAUUGUUAACGGUAACGAUAUUACGGAAUUAAGCUUGGCCAAUUUCAGAGAACAAGUUGGAAUUGUACAACAAGAACCAAUGCUUUUCUCAGGUACAUUGAGAGAAAAUAUCACUUAUGGUAAAAGGGAUGCUAGCGAAAGCGACAUUGCAAAAGUAUGUCAACUAGCAAACUGUUCAAGUUUUAUUGACAACUUCCCCGACAAGUUAAAUACAAUUAUUGGUCCGAAGGGAGCGCAAUUAAGCGGGGGUCAAAAGCAAAGGAUUGCGUUAGCAAGAACUCUACUAUUGGGUUCAAAGGUUUCUGAAUGUGUCAUUGAUCAUUUGAAAGACUUAGAGUUGGUUGGUGAUGAUGGGGAGAUAUUAUUGGGACCGAAUAUACUGGUGCUUGACGAGGCCACCUCAGCGUUGGAUGCACAUUCAGAGGAAGCCAUCAAAAAAACGCUAGAAUUGAGACACCAAGCUGGGUUGACCACGAUAUCUAUUGCCCAUAGACUAAGUACCAUUCAAACUAGUAACAGGGUGAUUGUGUUUUCCCAACAUGGUGUCAUAGUCGCUGACGGAGACUUCAGUGAUAUGAUCAAGGAUAAACAAAGCGAGCUCAACAAACUAUUAAAUAAGUCUCCUAAAGGGGAUAACACUGAGGCUGAGUUGAACGAGGAAGAAGCAGAUACCGUAGAAGGUAAAACUGUCACCGGAGAGCUCGAUUCUGUAGGAAGAAGUUGA